AAAUUCGUGUGUAGCGUCGAAAGAUUCGCCCCCUUUGUUAUUUGCGCGCGACUACUUUGACGACGCGAACGUCUAACAAAAGCAUCGCAGAAAUGCCCGGAGGGAAGCCGGAGUCUCUCAAAAAUAUUUCUAAUGUUUCUAGAUAGCGACAUGCUUUUUUCACGCAGCGACGAGCAAUAAUUCACGUCGUUUUGUGCAUCGCCAAAUGAAUAAUUCACUCGUCAAUUAACGAUAGGCAAAAUAAUCACGCGAAACAAUGAUACUCGGCUUUCACGUUGAAGUUACAUCGCACUUACAUCGAUCUUGCACGUGAGCUAAAUUAAGGUAAACUUAUUUAAUGUGCUAAACGCUCUUCCGGCCAAGGCUGCGUGCAUGUGCGUCGAGCACGCACUCGAGUGCACCUGCGAGGCCGAGGAUCCUCUCGCGAGCUCCGGUAUCCCAGUUUCCAGUCCGCUCGCGAAGCGCGUCCGUUGCGAAACCUCGGCUCGCUCGCGCGCCUACGAAUGUAACACCGGCGAUGUAGUCGCGCACGCAAUUAAUUACCAUUAAUUACCGCACGCGUGCGCCCACCUGUCCACCUUAGAAUCCGGUUUUUUUUUCGAAUUUUCCGGCGACUCUUCGCGGGAUACGCGAAAACUUGCUUUGUCCGUCGUUUUGCGACGACAAUAUAUCACUUUUGAGCGCGAGGAGAAAGAGAAAAGCCCUGAAUCGCCGGGAGGAGAGGAAUUUCCGAAGGGGCCGGGUUUCGAUUAUUUAUCACGGGCGAACAUGACGAGCGUGCUGUAUCCUGAAGUUUUAAACGCCGUCCCGCAGGACGACAGGAGCUGUCGCAGCGAUGACUCCGGCGGCGAGGUCUUCCGAAACAUCCCGAAGAACAGCAGCAUCUUCCGUGUCUGGAAGAUCGAGGGUCUACGAGCGACGGUCGUGAGCAGCAGCAACAUGGGCCUCUUCCUCUCCGAGUCGGCGUACAUCGUCUACGCCGUGUCCGCAAAGGACGGCGCACUUCCUUACCCGGGCAUGCCGAUCAAGGACCUGAAGGACACCGCGGUGGUGCGCGCCAUCCACUUCUGGAUCGGCGCCAACUGCGACUCGACGGCGUCCGGCGCCGCGGCGCUCCGCGCCGCCGAGCUCGACUCGCAGACGUCGGCGAUGAUUUUAACGCGCGAGGCGCAGGGCCGCGAGAGCCCCCGGUUCCUCGCCUACUUCCGGCAACGGCUGAUGGUGGAGAACCUGCACCAGGAGCCGCCCGGCUGCGCCCUCCACCGCGUCUCCGGCGUCGCCGUGCCGAUCCUGACCGAGCUGGAGAGGGUCCACUGGGAUCGCUUCAGCUGCCGCGACGUCAUCCUGGUGGACGUCUGCGCAAAGGGUGUCGUCUUCCUGUGGCUGGGCUCGCUGUCAGAUCCACUGCACAAACGUCACGCCGCCAGUCUGCUGGAGUCCCGCAAGGAGAACAACAACGGCCGUGUAGCGGUGGUCGAGGACGGCUACGAGCAGACCUUGCCCGCGGACGACAGGGAGCUCUUCAGCAGCGUGCUCGAUUCCUCGGCGAGGGUGGUGGCGCCCGAUCGCCAGCACCGCGUCAACCCGCCCAGCCCGAUCAAGCUUUACAAGUGCAGCGAGCAGUCGGGCAAGUACAAGGUCGCCGAAGUCAAGUCCGGGCCGAUUCUACGGGGCGACCUGACCUCCGGUUCCGUGUACCUGGUGGACCGGGGCGAGGCCGGCGUCUGGGCCUGGGUGGGCCGCGACGUCAACGCGCGGGAGAGACUGGAGGCCGUGAGAAACGCGCGCGGCUUCGUCAAGAAGAAGGAUUACAGCGACGGCGUGCCGGUGGCCAGGACGACGGAAGGUCACGAGCCGGCGGAGAUGAAGGCGCUGUUGAGGGGCUGGGAGCCCUCGAAGACGAGGCCGUUGACGUUGCCGGCGAGCUUCGAGCCCGAUUACAUGAACGAGAGGCCCAGGAUGGCGGCCGAGUGCCAGCUGGUGGACGACGGGUCCGGCGAGCGGACCCUGUGGAGGGUCGAGCUGAAGGAGGGCAUGGUCCAGGUGGAGGACGACAGGGGAAUCUAUUACGCGGAAGCCUGCUACGUGAUGCUGUACAAGUACGGACAGGGACGAAGGUGUCGAAGUAUUGUUUACUGUUGGGAGGGUGUUCACUCGGUCAAACUGGAUCGAGAUGCGGCUUUGACAGUGGCUUGCCGUCUGUCUGAAGAGACGAACGCGCAAUUGGUGAAGGCGUCCCAGGGCAGAGAACCGCCUCAUCUAUUGCAGAUCUACGACGGGAAGCUCAAGAUUCUCGCCGGACGUCACCGUGAUUCUCCGCCCAAAAAGUAUCUGGUCAGAGUGUUCGGCUCAACGCCGUACACCUCGAAAGCCGUGGAACGUCCGUUACGGGCGAGCAGCCUGGACUCCAGCGCGGUGUUCAUCCUCUUCUCCGGCGCGCCGAUCGUCUGGUGCGGCGGCAAGAGCACCGGCGACGCGAGACAGACGUCGCGACGCCUCGCGCCCAGAAACGCGCCCCUCGUUGCUGAGGGUAAGGAGAGCGACGACUUCUGGACCGAGCUAGGAGGCAGAGGCGCCUACGGCACGGAGACCGAAGAGAUCGGCGAGGAGCUGGAUAAGCACCUGUUUCAAUGCCGCACCGAGAACGGCCUCUUCGUGGGCGAGCAGAUCCUUGGAUUCCGACAGAACUCUCUGAUACCGGAAGCUGUCUGGCUGCUGGACGCCGGCAGUGUAAUCUGGAUAUGGAUAGGCAAGUUCUCCAGCCCGAGGACGCUGCAAGAGUGCGUCGAAGACGCCACUAUAUACCUCUACACUCAUCCCGCUGGUCGAAAUCGCAACACGGCCAUUUCCGUGAUCAAACAAGGCUUAGAGCCAGCCACUUUUAUCGGACUGUUUGACAAUUGGAAUCAUAAUCUGCUGAGGGAUUACAAGCCGUUCGACAUAUUCUGCGCCCUGCUGGAGGACAGAGAUCAAUCGACGAGGACGCAGACGACCUCGAAGGCCACCACGGACUUCGACAAUUACAUCAAGUACCCGCCGAUGGUGCUGAAAAGCGAGCCGGAGAACCUGCCGGCCGGCGUGGACGUCAGACGCAAGGAAAUGCACCUGACCUACGACAAUUUCAUCGCGAUCUUCAAAAUGGAGCCCGCGGAGUUCGAGAAAUUACCGACCUGGAAGAAACAGCGCCUCAAGCAAGCCGCCGGGCUCUUCUAAUUUUUCCUUGCUUACUUUGAUCCCAAUCUAAAUAUUAUUCCCUCCCUUUUCGGAGUCAGAAUUUAGAAAUGAUACACUUGUCCUUGCGCAAUCCCGGUAAUACCUUUAUUACAAACAUUGAACCGAUUUAUAA